GCCUGGGACUUUUCAGGAGAGCGCAGCGCAGGCGGAGGUUUCGGGACAGAGGAUGGCUCUGCGCUCUGCGCCCCUGUGGCUCCUGGUGUUGGAGGUGGUCGCUCUGCAGCACGUGUGCCUCGGCUCCUCCUUGCACUCCCUGAAGCAUUUCAUCACCUGCACCUCGGAACCCAGUCAUGGGCGACCCCACUAUUUUGUUCUGGGGUAUGUAGACGAUCAGGUCUAUGUUCACUAUGACAGCAACAGCCAGAGGUUGCAGCCCCGAGCCUCCUGGGUGGAGAAGAUAAUGAAGGAGAAUCUCCAGCUUUGGGACAGAGAGGCCCAGAACGUACGUAAUUAUGAGGCCCUGAGCAGAUCAAAACUGGAGUUUCUGCGUACUGGCUACAAUCAGAGCAAAGGCUUUCACACACUGCAGUGGAUGUAUGGCUGUGAGCUCUGGGGUGAUGGAAGCAAAGAAGGGUUUUUGCAGUAUAGCUACGAUGGGAGGACCUUCAUCACCUUCGACAAGGAGACCCUCACCUGGGUGGCUCACCAGCCCCUGGCUCAGAUCAUCAAGAUGAAAUGGGAUGAUAGUCCAGGAUCUAAUCAGGAAUGGAAGUUCUACCUGGAGAAAGACUGCAUUGAGAGGCUGCAGAAGCACCUGUUCUAUGGGAAGAAGAUGCUGCUGAGGACAGACUCCCCAGUGGUGACAGUGAGCAGCAAGACGGAGACUGAGGAUGGGAUGGAAACGCAUGUCUGCCGAAUCGACGGCUUCUACCCCAAGGCAAUUGAUGCUUCCUGGACAAGGGAUGGGAAGGUCUGGUUGCAGGACACCUUCCAUGGGACUGUGGUCCCCAAUGCGGAUGGGACCUACCACUAUUGGCUCAGCAUCCAGAUUUAUUCCAAUGACAGUGACCACUACCAGUGCCACGUAGAGCACGACAGUUUGCAGGAGCCUCUGGACGUGGCCCUGAAGGCUCCAAAGUCCAACAAAGGGUUCAUCAUUGGCUUCAUUGUGGCUGGUUUUGCCCUGGCAUGUGUGAUUGUUGGGACUUUGAUACUCUUCAAGAAAUGUCGAGCUAAGUACCAAGUAUCAAGAAGAGUACCAAGUACUUUGGAGGAUAGAUUGACUCCCUCUUCUCUUUGACGGCCCCUCAAAUAUUGGAAGACUGCAGGUGACAAAGGAUCUGACAGUUUAUGCCCGACCUGAGUGGACAGUCCCAGCGUGAGGAGAGAGGAGAGAAGAUGGGAUCGACCUUCUUCUGAAUUAGGCCGGACUCUCAGGAGGAGCCUUUCAGGACCUUCCACAAUAUGCUUGAACCAGGAUAUAUUUUUUGGACAUUCAUCAUUGCUUUUAUCAUUGAAAUAAAUAACAUUUUUAUUCUGAAUGAGGAUCAGAGCAGAAUAGGAAAUGUUGUGUGUUUAUAAUUGUGGAAUGAAAAAGAUUCAAAUUAGAUAUAAUUUGCAAUAAUUAUGUGGUCUUUUGUGACAACCUUUAUUUUUUUAUUUUUUUUUAAACAAACUUUAUUAAAUGAUCAAACAAUUAUAAAAACAAUUAAAACCAUAAUAAAAUAUUCAUACACAUAGAUCAUAUCUUAUAUUUGACAUUUCAUUUCUAUUCUUUUACAUAUCUAUAUAUAUUCUUCUCCCCUACACAUUUUAUAUUUCAUAACCUAGUCCCACAUUCAUACUCAUGACGGUGAAGUUAUUGUUGGUAUUUAUAUGAAAUAAGCAUGGAAAUACACUACCAAUUAUCAAUUCUUAAUUUAAAACUCACUAUUAGAGAAAAAAAAGUAAAAUUUAAUACUCAUCAAGAUUAUCUUUGUACUUUACUAAGUAUAUCCUUAUCCACUUUCUUUUCGCUUGAUCCAAUCAUACCACUUGUCCCAUACCUUAAAAUACUUUGAGCUUUCCUUAUCCUUUAAUUUUAGUGUUAGUUGAUCUGAUUCCGCACAUGCAUAUAUUUUUUGUAUUAUCUGUUGGUUGGUUGGCAAAUGAUCCGUCUUCCAAAUUUGUGCAAUAUGAUGUAUCAAAUAUGUCAUUUCUUUUCUAAUAUUUUGUUUAUAUAUUCCUAAUAAAAAAAAUCUCUGGGUCUAAUUCUA